UGACGGAGGUGACCGCCACCUCGGGGCUGGUGAGCUGGGGGCCGGGGCGGCCUGCUGACCCCGUGUGGAUGUUCCAGAUCCAGUACAACAGCAGCGAGGAUGAGACCCUCAUCUACCGGAUCGUCCCAGCCUCUAGCCACCACUUCCUGCUGAAGCACCUGGUCCCCGGCGCUGACUACGACCUCUGUCUGCUGGCCUUGUCACCUGCCGCCGGGCCCUCCGACCUCACGGCCACCAGGCUGCUGGGCUGUGCCCACUUCUCCACGCCGCCGGCCACGCCCCUGUGCCACGCCCUGCAAGCCCACGUGCUGGGCGGGACCCUGACCGUGGCUGUGGGGGGUGUGCUGGUGGCCGCCUUACUGGUCUUCACC